AUGGCGUCCCGCUUGGCUAGAAGCGCCGUCGGCGCGAACCUCCUCCGGCCGACCCUUGCUCGCCGCACUCUGCCCGCCAUCUCGGCUUCGAUUGCCGGCGCCCGUAACGCCUCCAACGUCCCCGCUGAGGAUCCCAAGAAGAAGGCCCAGUCCAUCGUCGACGCCCUGCCCGGCAACUCGCUUCUCUCCAAGACCGCCAUCCUUUCCUCCUCCGCCGCCCUCAGCGUUUACGCCAUCAGCAACGAGUACUACGUUGUCAACGAGGAGACCGUCGUCGCCUUCUGCCUGCUUGCCGUCUGGGGCGGCCUGAUCAAGUACGGAGGCCCGGCGUAUAGCGAGUGGGCACAGGGACAGGCCGACAAGAUUAAGGGCAUCCUCAACUCGGCCCGCGCCGACCACACCCAGGCUGUCAAGGGCCGCAUUGAGGACGUCCAGCAGAUGUCCGGCGUCGUUGACAUCACCAAGUCCCUCUUCGCCGUUUCCAAGGAAACUGCUCAGCUUGAGGCUCAAGCUUACGAGCACCAGCAGAAGACUGCCCUGGCUGCGGAGGCCAAGGCCGUCCUGGACUCUUGGGUCCGCUACGAGGGCCAGGUCAAGGCCCGCCAGCAGAAGGAGCUCGCCGAGAGCAUCAUCGCCAAGGUCACCAAGGAGCUUGAGAACCCCAAGGUCCUCCAGCAGAUUCUCCAGCAGAGCGUUGCUGAUGUUGAGAAGAUCGUCUCCUCCAAGGCCCAAUAG